UGUCCACAUGCACACAUUUAAGACAUAUUCAGCCGUUGUACAAAUUAUGUACAAAUGACUAUUUUAACAAUAGGAACUGGUGUUAAAGUUGUGUUUGGAAUUAUGUAUGGCUGUGUUUUCAUUUUGCUUGUCGCGACAUUUUUAAUUUAACAUGCCAAAUUGUAGGUGUUAUCGGCGCCUGAACACGAUUGUGGUGGGGAGCACGUUAGCGUUACCGUGACGUCAUGCGACGUUCUAUGCUCUUACAAAUGGCCGAUGAGAAUGUGUCAAUAGACAGGGGCAUGGCACUUGGGUUAAUAAUAUUUACUUCAGUUUCUUACGGUUCCUGGAUGCCAUCGUGAGGUAAACAGCUCAUUUCUUUCGGUGUACUUGAUGUGUAGCUGUCUUUUUGUAUAUAUAUGCUUAACCUGCUACUAAUAUAUCUUUUAUUUACCUUACACAAGCAUGCACCAAUGUAGGAAACCAGGUCUGAUUUCUCACUUCAAAGAAAUGUGUUUUGGAGAUGUGGGGAGUGAUUUGUAAACCUCUCUAGUGAAAAUGGUUACCUUUGUUAUAGUGGGCAAAGGAGGAGAAGUGGCUCUUGUUGUGAAAUAUUGGUGGUGGACUGAAGUCUGUAGGGAAUAGUCAAGAUGUUUACUGCAUAUAUUCAGAGAGACCGCACUCUGUCUGUGACACAGAGAGCUUGGACCUCUGUUUGUUGUGAUACUGCUGUACUCUUCGGCUUUUUUCUGCAAAAUGUCCUGGUGGAGUAGCAGCUGGCUGCCCUCGUGGUGUCCAACUUCCACUAGCCAAUUGAAAGAUGCUGAGGAGAAGAUUCUACUCCCUGUAACUAGUGAGUUCUCCAGGCAGUUUGUGCCUAUCUCAGAUGGGAAUGUGCUGUCAACGCUGGUCUUCAGUGGGGCAGCAGGCAACGAGUCCACUCCUCUGGUUCUGCUGCAUGGCUUUGGGGGAGGUCUUGGGCUUUGGGUGCUCAACGUGGAUGCCCUGUCCCAGCAGAGGCCCAUCUAUGCCUUUGACCUACUGGGCUUCGGCCAGAGCAGCCGGCCGAGCUUCAGUAGCGACGCACAGGAGGCUGAGCUGCAGUUUGUAGAGUCCAUCGAGCAGUGGAGGACUGCCGUGGGGCUGGAGAGCAUGAUCCUGCUCGGCCACAACCUGGGAGGAUACCUGGCAGCAGCAUAUGCCCUCAAAUACCCAGCCAGCGUCAAGCAUCUGAUCUUCGUGGAGCCGUGGGGUUUCCCUCAGAGGCCUGACCCGGGAGACGAGGACAGACCCAUCCCCAUAUGGAUCAAAGCGUUGGGAGCCAUGCUCAGCCCCUUUAACCCCCUGGCAGGGUUGAGAGCAGCUGGACCUCUAGGUCCAACCCUUGUGCAGACACUGAGGCCAGACUUUCAGAAGAAAUAUGAGUCUGUGUUUAAUGAUAGCACUGUAACGGACUACAUAUAUCAUCUCAACGUGCAAACCCCAAGUGGUGAAACAGCCUUCAAAAACAUGACAAUACCCUAUGGUUGGGCCAAGCACCCGAUGCUACAGCGAAUGGGCUUGAUCCAUGCCGACAUCCCGAUGACCAUCAUCUAUGGCUCUCGGUCCAGCAUAGACGGCUACUCUGGAACCUCCAUCAAGGAGCUGCGACCACACUCCCACGUGGAGGUUAUUGCUAUCCGUGGGGCUGGCCACUACGUGUUUGCGGAUCAGCCGGAGGAAUUCAACCAGAAGGUGCUGCAGGUCUGUGAGAUGGUUGGGUGAAGGACAGUAGGUGAUGGUUACAUCUCCCAGCCCCAGCCCCAGCUAGAGAUACUUGGGUCUUUGGCUUUGUGAAUAAGUUAAUAUGGAAACAGCAAGCCUUCAGCGAAAGUGCCUUCAGAAAACCAUGUUGCCUUUGGAUUCUUUGAAUGUUCUUGAAUUCUCCUUGCAUAAAAGGACAGUGUUUUGAUUUUUCCAACUGGGAUUUCAGUUUUGUGUUUUAAAGGCUUUUUUUUCUGACUUCAGUUGGAAAGCAUGCCUACAGAGGUAGAAAUGUUUGUGAAUAUCCAUUAUGUAAAUGAAACAUUUUAUUUGCACUAAACAUUUGCCAAUUUUGUGAACAGUGCCUGUCUGAUACAGGUACAGAUAUCAGAUGUAAUGCCUAAUACACAAUGAUAAGGUGCACAAAGUGCAAGAAAAUAAGAUCAUUAACCCUCGAAGACAGGUAGUAAAUAUGUAAUAUAUAGCUUUAUAUGGACCAUGCUGUGUAAUUCACCACAGAACUCAUUUAUCAUUAACAGUAGAUAAGGGUGGAAUGUAUAUUGUUUUUAAGAAUUGUACCCUUCACUGCACAUUUGUAAUUCAGCACAUUUCAAGUAUCGUUGUCAAAUUAUGAAAUUCUGAUCAUGCUAUGUAGCGGUACCUUUCAGGUUAUUAGUGUGGGUAACAGAUGAUCUAGAUGUGAUAUCAGAAUAUGGCUCUGUCAUGAAAUGUGUCAUCUGUACGUCGUCUGUCCUCACUAGCGCACUAUCUCUGAGAGGUGGAAGAGAUUGUGUUGCACAGGAGAGCUGUAACUCCAACGCCUAUGAUCCUAGUAUUUUACUCUGUCAGGCAAUCGCCUGCUUGGUCUGCCAGGUGCCCUUUGAACUCCUGUGCCUCCCUGGUUCCACAUCUACAGAGUCUACUAAGGAAUAAGCUUUCAGUAAAAAUGGAAGAUAUGUAUAAUAUUAUAUAAUGAAUAUAUAAUAUAUACUCUUGUAAUAUAUAAAAUAUACUCUUCCUAGGACUAUAUACUCCUAGACAUGAGACCCCCCCCAAAAGAACUGUGGAACCCAAACUAACCAAAAGAGACACAAAACAUUUAAUAUUCAAGAUGGCGAACGCAUCUGUCUACCUCAUGCAGGACUCCGUAGCAACCACUGUGAAAUGUGGUCUACAUAUUGACGUAAAUUACACCAGUGUCCUUUUACACUCUGUUGCCGUAGAUACCAUUGGGCAGGGCUAACGUCUGUGCUUCUAAAACUCAGAUAUGCUUGUACUCAACAUGGUAACUGUUGUGCUAACUUGUGUGUGUGUCAGAACUGACCACUACUAUACUGCAGAAAUGGUUUGAACUGCAUUUUAUGGCGUGUCUAUAACCUAAGUGCCCUUUUCGAGAGAGUGUUUUGUGUGUCAGAAGUUAUUAAUGUGAAAGUGUUAAACAUUUCUUGCAUUUAAAUAAAAUGAAACGUGAUUUGUAAUACCCAAA